AUGGCGAACUCAAGAGAAGAGUCGUCAAACGGUGCGCCGAACGAGGCUGGAUCAAUAGGCGACGCUUCAAGCUCUUCCAAAUCACAAGCACAAGACAAGCUCUGUGCCAACUGCUCAAAGGCAGAAGACUCUCCAGACCCAACCGAGUCCCCCAAUUUGAAGCCGUGUAUUUCCUGCAAGAGCGUUUUGUACUGCUCACGGGAUUGCAAGAAAGCGCAUACCAAGAAGCACAAGAAGGUAUGCGCAGCCCUGGCGCAGGAAUAUUUCAAGACCAACGGAGUGACCAUGGCCUCGAGAGCGCCACCGAAAACGGACACCCAUCGAGGCGGAUUGCAGAAGUGGCAGUUCGAUACUUAA